AUGGAUUACGAAAACGACCCAGGAUGGAAGUACCUUCGCCGCAGUCGCGAGCAGAUGCUCGAGGACCAAUCCAAGCCAUAUGAUUCCAAGAAGAACGUUUGGAUUCCGGAUGCGGAAGAGGGAUACAUUGAGGGUGUCAUCACCAAAACCGCUGGAGAAAACGUUACUGUGUCCGUUGGGCCAGGAGCCGAGAAGACUGUCAAAAAGGACGUCAUCCAAGAGAUGAACCCACCAAAAUUCGAGAAAACCGAAGACAUGUCUAACUUGACUUUCCUCAACGAUGCCUCUGUCUUGUACAACUUGAAAUCUCGUUAUGCUGCCAUGCUUAUCUACACUUAUUCGGGUCUCUUCUGUGUUGUCAUCAACCCAUACAAACGUCUCCCAAUUUACACUGACUCUGUUGCCCGCAUGUUCAUGGGCAAGCGUCGUACCGAAAUGCCACCUCACUUGUUCGCCGUCUCUGACGAGGCCUACAGAAACAUGCUUCAAAACCACGAGAAUCAGUCUAUGCUGAUUACCGGAGAGUCUGGAGCCGGAAAGACUGAGAACACCAAGAAGGUUAUCUCAUACUUCGCCGCCGUCGGUGCCGCUCAACAAGAAACGUUCGGAGCCAAGAAGGCUGCUGAUGAGGAUAAGGACAAAAAGAAGGUCACUCUUGAGGACCAGAUUGUCCAGACCAAUCCAGUGCUCGAAGCUUUCGGUAACGCUAAGACCGUCCGUAACAACAACUCUUCCCGUUUCGGAAAAUUCAUCCGUAUCCACUUCUCCAAGCAAGGACGUGUCGCCUCUUGCGAUAUUGAACAUUAUCUUCUCGAGAAGUCCCGUGUCAUCCGUCAAGCUCCAGGAGAGCGUUGCUACCACAUCUUCUACCAAGUCUUCUCUGAUUACCUUCCAAACCUCAAGAAGGAUCUCCUUCUCAACAAGCCAACCAAGGACUACUGGUUCAUUGCUCAAGCUGAGUUGAUCAUCGACGGAAUCAAUGACAAGGAAGAGCAUCAAUUGACCGAUGAAGCUUUCGACAUCCUCAAGUUCACCCAAACUGAGAAGAUGGAGUGCUACCGUUUGGUUGCCGCCAUGAUGCACAUGGGUAACAUGAAAUUCAAGCAACGUCCACGUGAAGAGCAAGCCGAAACCGACGGAACUGAUGAUGCCGAGAGAGCCGCCAAGUGCUUCGGAAUUGACUCUGAAGAAUUCUUGAAGGCUUUGACUCGUCCACGUGUCAAGGUCGGAAACGAAUGGGUCAACAAGGGACAGAACGUCGAGCAGGUCAACUGGGCCGUCGGAGCCAUGGCUAAGGGACUCUACUCCAGAAUCUUCAACUGGCUCGUCAAGAAGUGUAACCAAACUCUUGACCAGAAAGGUAUCUCCCGUGACCACUUCAUCGGUGUCCUCGAUAUCGCUGGAUUCGAAAUCUUCGACUUCAACUCAUUCGAACAGCUCUGGAUUAACUUCGUCAAUGAAAAACUCCAACAAUUCUUCAACCAUCACAUGUUCGUUCUUGAGCAGGAAGAGUACGCUCGUGAAGGAAUCCAAUGGACCUUCAUCGAUUUCGGUCUUGACUUGCAAGCCUGUAUUGAGCUUAUUGAGAAACCACUCGGAAUCAUUGCUAUGCUUGAUGAAGAGUGUAUCGUUCCAAAGGCUACUGACUUGACUCUCGCCCAGAAGCUCAUCGACCAACAUUUGGGCAAGCAUCCAAACUUCGAGAAGCCAAAACCACCAAAGGGAAAGCAAGCCGAGGCUCACUUCGCCAUGCGGCACUACGCCGGAACUGUCCGUUACAACGUCAUGAACUGGCUCGAGAAGAACAAGGACCCCCUCAACGACACCGUUGUCACCGUCAUGAAGGCUUCCAAGGAGCACGCUCUCAUCGUCGAAGUCUGGCAAGACUACACCACCCAAGAGGAGGCCGCCGCCGCUGCCACCAAGGGAGGACCAGGAGCCAAGAAGAAGGGAAAGUCUGGAUCUUUCAUGACUGUCUCUAUGCUCUACAGAGAGUCCCUCAACAAAUUGAUGACUAUGCUCAACUCCACUCACCCACAUUUCAUCCGUUGUAUCAUUCCAAACGAGAAGAAACAGUCCGGAAUGAUCGAUGCCGCACUUGUGCUCAACCAGCUUACCUGCAACGGAGUGUUGGAAGGAAUCAGAAUUUGCAGAAAGGGAUUCCCCAACAGAACUCUCCAUGCAGACUUUGUCCAACGUUACGCUCUUCUUGCUGCCGAUGAAUCCGUCAUUGGAAAGACCGAUGCCAAGAAGGGAUCCGCACUUAUGCUUGGUCGCUUGGUCAAGGAGAAGAAACUCGAGGAAGAUUUCUUCAGAGUUGGUCUCACCAAAGUCUUCUUCAAGGCCGGAAUCGUCGCCCACUUGGAAGACUUGCGUGAUUCAAGACUUGCUCAACUCAUCACCGGACUUCAGGCUCAAGCCAGAUGGUACUACCAGACCAUCGAGAAGAAGAGACGUGUUGAGAAGAUCACAGCUCUCAAGGUCAUCCAAAGAAACGUCCGCAGCUGGGCUGAACUCCGCACAUGGGUUUGGUUCAAGCUUUACGGCAAGGUCAAGCCACUUGUCAACUCUGGAAAGAUCGAGGCUCAAUACGAGAAGCUUCAAGAGACCGUCGCCACCCUCAAGGACACCGUGGUGCAGGAGGAGGAGAAGAAACGCCAACUCCAAGAGGGAACCGAACGUCUCAACAAGGAGACGGCUGACCUCUUGGCGCAAUUGGAGGCUAGCAAGGGAAGCACCCGUGAAGUUGAGGAGCGUAUGACCGCCAUGAAUGAGCAGAAGGUGGCUCUUGAAGGAAAACUCGGUGACGCCAACAAGAAGCUCGAAGUCGAGGAGGCUCGCGCUGUUGAGAUCAACAAGCAAAAGAAGCUUGUUGAGGCUGAAUGCGCCGAGUUGAAGAAGAGUUGCCAAGACGUUGAUCUCUCCUUGAGAAAGGUCGAGGCUGAGAAGAACGCCAAGGAACACCAGAUCCGUGCUCUUCAAGAUGAAAUGAGACAACAGGAUGAGAACAUCUCCAAGCUCAACAAGGAGCGCAAGAAUCAAGACGAGCAGAACAAGAAGUUGACUGAAGACCUUCAAGCCGCUGAGGAGCAAAACUUGGCUGCCAACAAGCUCAAGGCUAAACUUAUGCAAUCUCUUGAGGACUCCGAGCAAACCAUGGAGCGCGAGAAGAGAAACCGUGCUGAUAUGGACAAGAACAAGAGAAAGGCUGAGGGAGAGCUCAAGAUUGCUCAAGAAACCUUGGAAGAACUCAACAAGUCUAAGAGUGACGCUGAGAAUGCCUUGAGACGCAAGGAGACCGAGUUGCACAACUUGGGAAUGAAGCUCGAGGAUGAGCAAGCCGCUGUUGCCAAGCUCCAGAAGGGAAUCCAACAGGAUGAGGCCAGAGUCAAGGAUCUUCAUGAUCAACUCGCCGAUGAGAAGGACGCCCGUCAACGUGCCGACCGCUCCAGAGCCGAUCAGCAAGCUGAGUACGAUGAGCUCACCGAGCAACUCGAGGAUCAAUCCCGUGCCACCGCUGCCCAAAUCGAACUCGGAAAGAAGAAGGAUGCUGAGCUCACCAAGCUCCGCCGUGACCUUGAAGAGUCUGGACUCAAGUUCGGAGAGCAACUCACUGUUCUCAAGAAAAAGGGAUCCGAUGCUAUCCAAGAGCUUUCUGACCAAAUCGAGCAACUUCAAAAGCAGAAGGGAAGAAUCGAGAAGGAGAAGGGACAUAUGCAACGCGAGUUCGAUGAGUCCUCUGCUGCUCUCGACCAAGAGGCUAAGCUCCGCGCUGACCAAGAAAGAGUCGCCAAGGGACAUGAAGUCAGACUUCUCGAGCUCCGUCUUAAGGCUGACGAACAAUCUCGUCAACUUCAAGACUUUGUCUCCUCCAAGGGACGUCUUAACUCUGAGAACUCUGAUUUGGCUCGCCAAGUCGAGGAAUUGGAGGCCAAGAUCCAAGCCGCCAACCGUCUCAAGCUUCAAUUCUCCAACGAAUUGGACCACGCCAAGAGAUCCGCCGAGGAGGAGUCCCGCGAGAGACAGAACCUCUCCAACUUGUCCAAGAAUUUGGCCCGCGAGCUCGAGCAGCUCAAGGAGUCCAUCGAAGACGAGGUCGCUGGAAAGAACGAGGCUUCCCGCCAACUCGCCAAGGCUUCCGUCGAGCUCGACCAGUGGAGAACCAAGUUCGAGACCGAAGGACUCAUUGGAGCCGACGAGUUCGAUGAGGUUAAGAAACGCCAAAACCAAAAGAACUCCGAGAUCCAAGACGCUCUUGAUGCCUGCAACGCUAAGAUUGUUGCUUUGGAGAACGCCCGCAGUCGCUUGACCGCUGAAGCUGACGCCAACCGUCUUGAGGCUGAGCACCACGCUCAAGCUGUCUCAUCCUUGGAGAAGAAGCAGAAGGCCUUCGAUAAGGUUAUUGAUGAAUGGAAGAAGAAGGUUGAUGACCUCUACCUUGAAUUGGACGGAGCUCAACGUGAUGCCCGUCAACUCUCCGGAGAGGCCCACAAACUUCGUGGACAACACGACACUCUCGCCGAUCAAGUCGAAGGACUCCGUCGUGAGAACAAGGCUCUCAGCGAUGAGACCCGUGACCUCACCGAGUCACUUUCCGAGGGAGGACGGGCCACCCACGCUCUCUCCAAGAACCUUCGCCGUCUCGAGAUGGAGAAAGAAGAACUUCAACGUGGAUUGGACGAGGCCGAAGCUGCGCUCGAAUCCGAGGAAAGCAAGGCUCUCCGUUGCCAGAUCGAAGUCUCACAGAUCCGUGCCGAGAUUGAGAAGAGAAUCGCCGAGAAGGAAGAAGAAUUCGAGAAUCACCGCAAGGUCCACCAACAAACCAUUGACAGCAUUCAAGCCACUUUGGAUUCGGAGACCAAGGCCAAGUCCGAGUUGUUCCGCGUCAAGAAGAAGUUGGAGGCUGACAUCAACGAGCUGGAGAUCGCUCUCGACCAUGCGAACAAAGCGAACGAAGACGCCCAGAAGAAUAUCAGACGCUACUUGGACCAAAUCCGCGAGCUCCAACAAACCGUGGAUGACGAACAAAAGAGACGUGAAGAAUUCCGUGAGCACUUGUUGGCUGCUGAGAGAAAACUCGCCGUUGCCAAGCAAGAGCAAGAAGAGCUCAUUGUUAAGCUUGAGGCUAUCGAGCGUGCCCGCCGUGUCGUCGAAAGCUCGGUGAAGGAGCACCAAGAGCACAAUAACGAGCUCAACUCCCAGAACGUUGCCCUCGCCGCCGCCAAGAGUCAACUCGACAACGAGAUCGCCCUCCUUAAUAGCGACAUCGCCGAGGCUCACGCUGAACUCUCCGCUUCUGAAGACCGUGGACGCCGUGCCGCCAGUGAUGCCGCCAAGCUUGCUGAGGAUCUCCGCCACGAGCAAGAACAAUCCCAACAGCUCGAGAGAUUCAAGAAGCAACUUGAAAGCGCCGUCAAGGAUCUUCAAGAGCGCGCCGACGCUGCUGAAGCUGCCGUCAUGAAGGGAGGAGCCAAGGCUAUCCAGAAGGCCGAACAACGUCUGAAGGCCUUCCAAUCUGAUUUGGAGACCGAGACCCGCCGUGCUGGAGAAGCUGCCAAGACUCUUGCUCGUGCUGACCGCAAGGUCCGCGAAUUCGAGUUCCAGGUUGCCGAGGACAAGAAAAACUACGACAAACUCUCCGAAUUGGUUGAGAAGCUCACUUCUAAGCUGAAAAUCCAAAAGAAACAACUUGAGGAGGCUGAGGAGCAAGCUAACAGCCAUUUGAGCAAGUACAGAACCGUCCAACUUUCCCUGGAGACCGCCGAAGAGAGAGCCGAUUCCGCUGAACAGUGCCUUGUCAGAAUCAGAAGCCGAACACGUGCCACCGCCGAGCAGAAAUAA